AUGGCGGGCCAACAAGAAAUCAACCUCGACACGCUGUCGACGCAGCAGCUCACAGCCGUCAAGAAGCAGUUCGACGAGGAGGUCGAGCACCUGUCGAACUCGUACGGGCAGCUGGCGGCGGCGCAGAGCAAGUUUGCCGAGUGCCUGCGGGUGGUGAAGGCGCAGUCGCCGUCGCCAGCAGCAGGAGCAGGAGCAGGAGCAGGAGCAGAAGCAGGAGCAGGCAAGAAGGAGGUGCUGGUGCCGCUGACCAACUCGCUGUACGUCAAGGGCCUGCUGUCGGAGCCGGACAAGGUGAUUGUCGACGUGGGGACGGGCUUUUACGUUGAAAAGAGCACAAAAAGCGCCGCCGAGUUCUACGAGAGCAAGGUCAAAGACUUGGCCGCCAACAUGCAAGAUCUCGAGGCCAUUGUUCAGAACAAGUCCAACAACCUGCGCGUCGUGGAAGAAGUGUUGCGGCAAAAGGUCCUGGCAGGAGGCGCUGCGCCGGGUCAGGCAUCUGCAUGA